AUCAACUUACUACGAGAAAUAAUUAUACACCGGAAAAAGAGACUUAUUUUAAAUAAUUCAUUUUUAUAGCUUUGCUAUAGGGUUAUUUUUUAAUAUUAACAUAUUAGUUUGAGGUUUUUUAUUGAAAAAAAAAACUUGUUAAAACGUUAUACUUUGGCACGAAUUUUUUCUAACGAUAAUUUUUAAGCUAUCUAUACGAUCUAAGUAUACCAUAGGUAUCUACAUAUACUCCAACAUCAUAUUGGAUUAAAUGAUUUAGAGAAUAAUGGCAAGUCGUAAUGAUAGCACGGAGUCCUUUGCUAAUAGGACCACUCAAGAACGUCGGGAAAUCUUAAGAUCACGUUUAACUACAACACAUUAUCUUGAAGAAACAGCCAGCACCAAUACACUUAAUACUUUAGAAGAUAUUAUGAAAGAUGUGGACAAUCUUAAUUUGGAUACAUCGUUAGAUGAAAAAAUACUUAAUCAGGAAGAAGUUGUCCUGGACUCAGAAUUGAUGCAGGCCUCUUCACAAAUUUUGAAACAUUGUAUAACUUCGAUAACAACAGAAGUUACAUAUAACUUCCUUGAAUAUUGUGAUAAACUUAAAGAAUACAUUGGUUUUACUUCCGACAGUAUUGACAGUAGCAAUGGCUGGUCAGUUUUUGAAGAUGAUGCUGUAAAGUAUUUUAGAAAAGUACCAACAUAUCUGACUCUUCUAGGAGGUCUCGAACCCAUAGAAAAGAAAGUAACAGUAAGAAAAAAGAUUACAAAGGAUUCUGAAGCCAUAACAAAGAGACCACAAAAAAUAGUUGAAUUAGAAAAAGCUGAGGAAGAGAGUGUAGAAAAUACAGUUGAAAAAAUUAAAAGCUUAAUUUAUACAGAGUGUAAACGAACUCUAAAACCUAUUGACUUUUACAAAUUAAUAAUAAAUCCAAUUGACUUUGGGAAGACUGUGGAAAAUAUGCUACACGUAUCAUUUCUUGUAAGGGAUGGUCGUGUGAAGUUAUCAAGAGAUAAUAACGACAGACUGGUAGUUUCAUCGUCAACCAAAGAGAUGCGAGCACAGACAAAACAAGCAAAUAGUACUGUUCAAAACGUAAUGACAUUGACAAUAGAUAAUUGGCGCGCUUUAACAAAAUUAUACAACCUAAAGAAACCUAUGAUAAACUGAAUGAUAAGAAGUUACCAAAACCUCUAAUUAUAAGUAACAGAUAAAUAAAUAUUUUCUAUACUUUCAUAAUAA